AUGAUCAGCCGGGUGAUGGCAAGUUUUGUGUUCAGCAUUCUAAUCAUAACGGUGGUAGUCACCGGAAGCAAGUUUUCCGAUACUGAAAUAGAUCAACUCUUGAAAAAACUCAACAAACCUGCUAUUAAAUCCAUUAAGAGCCCCGAUGGCGAUAUUAUAGAUUGUGUUCAUAUCAACAAGCAACCAGCUUUUGAUAAUCCUUUACUUAGAAACCACACCAUCAUGAUGAGACCAAGUGUUUACCCUGAAGGAUGGAACAAAGUGUCCGAGAAGCAAUCGAAUAUGGUGACUCAACUCUGGACAACCAAAGGGAGGUGUCCGGAUAACACGGUUCCCAUCAGAAGAACGAGAAGAGAAGAUAUAUUACGAGCAGAGUCUAUCGAGAGAUUUGGGAAAAGGAAUCCCAACAUGAUCUAUGAUCCUUCGAAAGCAGCCAAUCCUACAGCUCAAAACGCUCUAAACGGAACACACUCGUACGCCAUAUUAGCCGCGAUGAAUGGAAGGUUUCACGGAGCCAAAGCAGACAUAAAUCUGUGGAAGCCUUAUCUACAAAAACGACAAGAGUUUAGUUUGUCCCAAAUAUGGGUCAAUGCAGGAACUCAUGGCGUUGAUCUUAACACCAUUGAAGCUGGUUGGCAGAUUAACCACAUUAUGAUCCCAGGUGCAGUCCUCAAUCCAACAUCCAUUUACGGGGGUCAACAAAGAGACUUUAUCGUAUACAUGUGGAAGGAUUUCCAUUCAGGAGCUUGGUGGUUGGGGAUAAACAACAAUAUAGUAGUGGGUUAUUGGCCUGCAACAUGUUUCACUCAUCUACAAAAUGGUGCAACGGGUGUUAUGUGGGGAGGUGAAGUUAUAGAUGAAAAGACCGGAGACCAACACACGACGACACAGAUGGGGAGUGGUCAUUUCCCGCAAGAAGGACAUACUAAAGCGAGUUAUUUCAAGAAUGUUCAGGUUCUUGAUGAGACUAAUAAUCUGAGACCAGUACCUGCACAGCAUCAAACGUCGGUUACUGAAGCACACUGUUACAAUAUCAAGCUGGGACAAGAUAGCUCGUGGGGGAGUUACUUUUUUUAUGGUGGUCCUGGUCGAAAUCGUAUGUGUCCAUGA